AUGGCAUACUUGGCGGAGACCCCACCAGCAUCCCACAGACCAUUGUGGGUACCGCCAAGGAACCCAAGACUGAGACCCCUGGUGUGUACAGCGAGGAGGAGGAGUGUGGAGGAGACACAGCAGGGGAUUCCAGACAUGCCGCAAGUCAGGACCUGUGUGAGACUGACACAGUAUAGCCAGUGCCACCAGAAUGCACCCCAGAGGAGUUUUGGGAUCGAUUAUGACAACAACUACUUCCUCAAGGAUGGGAAACCAUUCCGCUACAUCUCGGGCAGCAUUCAUUACUCCCGUGUGCCCCGGUACUAUUGGAAAGACCGUCUGGUGAAGAUGAAGAUGGCGGGGCUUGAUGCUAUUCAAACGUAUGUGCCAUGGAACUAUCAUGAAUUCAAACCAGGAGUAUAUAACUUCUAUGGUGACAGAGAUAUAAAAUAUUUCCUGGAGCUAGCUAAUGAGAUUGGCUUGUUGGUAAUACUAAGAGCUGGACCUUAUAUCUGUGCAGAAUGGGACAUGGGGGGUCUUCCAGCAUGGUUAUUAGAGAAAGAAUCUAUUGUUCUCCGAUCUUCUGAUUUAGAUUACCUGGAAGCUGUAGACCGAUGGAUGGGUGUCUUGUUACCCAAAAUGAAGCCUCAUCUCUAUCAGAAUGGAGGGCCAGUUAUUAUGGUGCAGGUUGAAAAUGAAUAUGGAAGCUACUUUGCCUGUGAUUAUGAUUACCUUCGUCACCUUCAGAAGCUCUUCCAUCGCCAUCUUGGAGAUGAGGUGGUACUGUUUACAACAGAUGGGGCAAACAAAUAUUACUUGAGAUGUGGAGCUCUGCAGGGUCUUUAUGCAACGGUGGACUUUGCACCAGGUGGUAAUGUCACAGCAGCAUUUUUAACUCAAAGAGGCAGUGAACCCAGAGGCCCCUUGGUAAACUCUGAGUUCUACACUGGCUGGCUGGAUCACUGGGGUCACCCUCAUUCUGUUGUGCCAACAAAUACGAUAGCUAAAACUCUUGAUGAAAUCCUGGCACGUGGCGCUAACGUUAACAUGUACAUGUUUAUAGGUGGAACCAAUUUUGCCUAUUGGAAUGGGGCAAACAUGCCAUAUUCAUCACAGCCUACUAGUUAUGACUAUGACGCUCCACUGAGUGAAGCAGGGGACCUCACCGACAAAUAUUUUGCUCUGAGAGAAGUCAUUGGUAGGUAUAAGCACUUACCUGAGGGCCCUAUCCCGCCAACAACACCCAAAUAUGCAUAUGGGCAAGUGGCAAUGGAGAAGCUAGGCACAGUAGCAGAGCUUCUUGAUGAUCUGUCACCCUCUGGGCCAAUAAGAAGCACUUACCCCUUAUCCUUUGUUCAGCUGCAGCAGUAUUUUGGGUUUGUGCUGUACAGGACUACCCUGCCAAAAAAUUGUAGUGAGCCAACACCACUCUUUUCACCUUUAAACGGAGUCCACGACCGUGCUUAUGUCUCUGUAGAUGGGGUUCCUCAGGGAGUCCUUGAACGAGGCAAAUCAUACAUAAUAAAUAUAACCGGGAAGGCUGGAGCAAAUCUGGAUGUGUUGGUAGAAAACAUGGGUCGAGUAAACUAUGGUAAAUACAACAAUGACUUUAAGGGUCUAGUGUCAAAUUUAUCUCUUGGCCAAGUUACACUCGUUCAUUGGGAGAUCUACCCACUAGACAUAGACAGUGUGGUGGGCCAUGGCUUAAACGGCAAAGGUGGUGAAUCAAAAACAUCUGGUGGUAAUCCCUCAAGCUAUGCAGCUCCUGCUUUUUACACUGGCAGAUUUUCUAUUCCCAGUGGAAUACCUGAUUUACCUCAAGACACCUAUAUCAAGUUUCCUGGCUGGACAAAGGGACAAAUUUGGAUCAAUGGCUUUAACCUUGGUCGUUACUGGCCAGUCCGUGGUCCUCAAGUGACCCUAUUUGUUCCAAGCAACAUCCUAGUUUCAUCGUCACCAAACAAUAUCACAGUGUUGGAAUUGGAGCGGUCUCCUUGUGGCAUUCAGAAAUGUGCCAUAGAAUUUGUAGACAAACCUGAUAUCAAUGCAACACUGCAGUAUGAAAGCAACACCCGGAAGCUGUUCACUAAAGAUUUAUGGCUGGACCCUCUAUGAUUAUUUAGGAAUGUGUCCCCUUACCUUCUCCUGUUUUGCUUCCCCACACUCUCAAAUCCUACAUUCUUCGGGGGGAAAAUCAGUGUUAAAAAUCGAUAAGUAUGUUUAACUGUGGAAAUUUUUUCAAAGCACUGAAAGAAUAGCUGUUUGGUAACAGGAGAUACUAAAUACAGGGUCUCCUUUAAAAGUGAAGAUUCUAGAGUAAGUUGUUGUGCAUGAGACUUGACUUAGAUGGAAGAUAAUAUUUAACAUCAAAGUCUUAGUAAACAGAUAGCGUUGGGAACUAUGACAGCAUGAAAAGGAACCUCUUAAACUAGUCAUUUUACCAUCUUCUGUGAACAUAGAGAAAUUUACCUUGCUAAGAACUGAGUGGCCCCACUACCAUGCUUAUAAACAUUUAAUGUCCACAAACAAGUAUCCAGAGGGUUUGUGUGUGCUAAGUACCAUUUGGAUUUGACUUGUUUCCCUCCAGGCUUAAAUACCUGGUUAGUGUAGCUACUGUUUCAGUCUGCAGUAGCUUACUGCCAGCAUGAUCAGUCCUCUCCCCCCCCCCCCCCCCCCACCUUUAGAAACCUUCCCAGUGACCUUUAGAAUUCUCCCAGAAUCUGCUGCUUCUGGGACCUGUGACAGGAAUUGUGGGGUAGAUACCUAGAGUGCAUUGCAACUGAAAUGGUGAAACAGCACUGAUGUGGAUGUUAGUGAGUGGCUUCUGGUCACAGGUCUGCCUCAGUUUCCCCUUGGGCUAACUCACUGACUCCCCUGCAGGUCCCCCAGCUCCAAGUACUGGCAUGAUUUAGCUGUUUGGCUAAGUGACAAAGUCCACUCCUUUUGGAAUUAACAAAACAAAUCCACAAACAGGGUUUUUGAACCAGUUAUUGUCUUACCUGACUUUAGCAUUCAAAAAUCAUGAUAUUGGUGUAAUCAUGAGACUUUAAGAAAAAACUACUUUUUCUCCCCAUUUUGGCUUCAGGUUUUUGACCUUUGAGGUACACUUGAGUCACGUUCUCAAGCUUUUCUCUGCCACCAUGGGGGUUAGAUAUCUUUUAAUGAAACCUGAGCUUCAUGUAAUAGUCUCCAGGAGCGGAGGCUCUUAGAAAAAUACCCAAUAACAUAAGAAUUGUGAUAAAAUCACAAGAGUUGGGACUCGCUGGGGCUCAGUAGUCCCCUCCCUGGAACUGGUAGUCCUUCUCCUGGAGGCACUGUGGAGCUGAAGAGGAAUUUCCACGCUACCUCUAGGCGUUCUCUCUACUCUGGGUUCUAGUUAGGUGACCGUUCGACAAGCAGAGAAAGUCCACUUACAUGCCUUGUUUCAUCUCCCUGGGCCCCUCUCUCUAUGUCUUUCCUACUGUCCUUUCCUGGACUUGCUCUCACUGUCUCUCUCUUUCUCGGUCUCCUCCUUGGGCCCACGAGGCGUGGUGACCCCCUCCCAGGUUCUCUCCCAAAGCCUGGUCUCUGCAGGUCCCAGCUGGUUUGUCAGUCAGCCUUCUGCAGUUUUUUCUAGAUUGGCUUAGCCUCUAGACAGCCUUUUCCUGCUCCUGUCUCCACCCAUGACUGUCCCCAUACUAUCAGCCCCAGAUUGUUUGUUAUGCUGUUGUAGUUGGUCACCUGACCCACCUCCUUAAUGCCUGGGGUAGUGACGCCUGCUUUUAAAGAGGCUACUUGGCUCUGGUACAGUGGACAUUAGGAGCUGGUUGGCAAAUUAUGACCUUUGUCUUGUCAGAAAAAUUGACAAAAACAAAAUUAACUUUUCUUUGUAAACCCCCAAACUAAUUUUUUUUUUUUUACAUAAACCUGAAAAUGUUGACAAAAACAGGGGCGGGGGAAAUCCACAUAGUCAAAAAGGCAUUUUCUUUCCAAAAAAUGUGUCGACAGAACAUUUUUAAGCGGUUUUAAUGGGCAUGAAGCAAAACUGCAAUGGUUCAGAACACAAGUAAACAUGGCUAGUGUGAACUCAAUAAACUGUUUAUGCUUAAACCAGGGCAAGCUGGUCAAUAAAAAUAGGUUCCGUUCUCCAGGGCGCGCACAGCUUAUAGGCCUCUUUCUGGUAUCCUUUACCCUGGUUUCAUGUCCGUGUAACACUGCUGACUUUAAGGGAGUUGCUUCUAACUUACAGUAGUGCAAGGGAGAUCAGAUCAGGGCCCAAGUGUGUCAUUGCUGUCCGGAUGGAACAUCCAUGGUGCUGUGAUGAGACACACUGUCACAAUGAAACCGAUGACUGACUGGAAAUGUAAAAAAAGAAAUUUUUAAAUAGGCCUGAAACGUGAUCGUGUUUUCCAUCGUCUGAUGCCACAGAAGAUGAAGAUUUUGCGUCCAAUAGUUUUCGCUCUUCCUCUGGGAACAUAUUACAAAUCACUUGUUGGGGUCUUCCAUUCUCUUCCAGUUAAUUACUAAUCAUGAUGUAAGCCCCUGAUUUUUGUUUGCAAUCAUGCAGAAUCUUUUCUUGUUGCUGUCAAUGAAAGCUGGCUUUCUAUAGCAGUCUAUGUCUCUACUUAUUGCUCCCCUUUGGUUUUAAUUCAGUCUUGCAAACUCUGUGUGAAAGGAGGAGCCCUAAAGAACAAAGGAUUGAGAUAGUGACAUUAAAAUGUUUUAAUAAACUAUCAACUUGCUUCCUUUGAAUUUA